GUUCCGUUGUUUUUCUGGGGUCUUUACGUUGGACUGAGGUGCAUGGCGCAGCGAGAGUGACGGGGAAUAUCUGCUCUUCUUGGAAUAUUAAAACCGUGGAUAUUUUUGGAAAUCAUGCAGAAAUCCUGAAAUGAGAGUGUGAGAUGAUACCACUUCCGAAAGUGUGGAUAACUAUCACUGCCCCAUUGAUGAACACGAGCAGAACGGGUCUCAGGAAUAGCUGCUGCUGCAUUCAUAAACACUUCUUUAGGACUCACAACAACCCCUGAGCUUUGUUUGGGGUCACGAAACACCACAGAUUCCCGUUGUGCACGUGGGUUGACAAUGGCUGAAAAAGGUCAAAUGAAUGUAGAGCAUCUCGGCGGAGUUGUCAGGCUCCGGGAGGAACACGAGAAGGUGGUGAAAGACUGUGAAAGUCGGAUUCAACACUGGAAGAAGGUGUCAGGUGACUAUGAAGCCCUGAGUGACCGUCUUAAAACACUUCCGGAUCAACUGUCUUAUGACAUCAUGGUGCCGUUUGGCCCUCUGGCCUUCAUGCCUGGGAAGCUGGUGCACACCAAUGAGGUCACAGUGUUGCUCGGUGAUAACUGGUUUGCUAAGUGCUCUGGCAAGCAGGCUCAGAAAAUCGUCGAUCACAGGAUGAAAUAUGUAAAGAGUGAACUGGACGAUCUAUCCAAGACAGUGAAAAACUUUGAAGCCAGAGUUGGGUUUGCGAAGAAUUUGGAAACCAUCUCGGCCAGCAAAGGGGACUAUGUUGACAUCAGAGAAGAGGUCAGAAACAAUGACACUGCUGUCACCAAAGGAAGGCAAAGAAUAGCUCACAAACCAAAUUCUAAGCCCAAAAUGGAUGCCAUAUUGGAUGUAAAAGAGGAUUAUGAUGAGAAUAACAGAGAGGGCAGAGAUAGAGGGAGCAGCACAGGCAUCAUGACUGAAGAGGAGCUGUGGGCUAGAUUGGAUGAACUCGAGAAACUGGAGGAGCUACAAGAUGAGCAGGACAGAUUAUCUGAUAAUGCAGACAUGAAUGGUGAGGACACAUCAUCCUCCUCCUCAGAGGAGGAGAAGGAGGGAGAUGCUGAUCCUCCUGUAAACGGGCUCAGUCUGAAGCCAAGCUGGGCCUCUGUGCCUCACAGCAAAGCGCCACAAAACGUGGACCGGAAAGAGGGGGAAGACGAUGAGGAAGAGGAAGGCAAUUGUUUGCCCACCAUCUUUUUCUCUCACACAGUUGAACCCAAGAAGGUGAGGAUAAACACAGGAAAAAACACCACAUUGAAGUUCAGUGAAAGAAAAGAACAGAAGGAACAUUCAAAGAGGAAAAAGAAAAACGGACACAAUAACGGACACUCUCAUCAUGAACUUCACAAAAUCACAACACCAGCAGACAUUUACAGGUUGUUUGUGGAUGUGAAGAACGGGGAACCCAUUCCCAGAAAGUCCAUCCUAAAGUCACGGAGCCGAGAGAACAGCGUGUGCAGCGACACGAGCGAGAGCAGCGCAGCAGACUUUGAAGAACGCCGGAUGAUUGGACGCAGCUUCAGCCAUGAUGAGGCGACGCACAGCGACACCAGUGACGGCAUUACAGAGGAAGACAGUCCUACAGCGGUGCCACUGCACCCGGCCAGCAGAUUUGAGGCCUUUUCAGGUACAGUGGUAGAAAAGGACCCGAUGCCUUCAACUGUUCCCCACCUGACCAUCGCUCCACCAGCUCUGCCGACCAUAUUGGAGAGGAAACAGGAAGAGGUGGCGCCUGAUGUGGCCCCGCCCCAUCAGGCCCCGAAAAGGGUGUCGAAGUUUAAAGCUGCAAGGUUGCAGCAGAAGUGACAGUUGACGAGCAAACAUCCAUAUUUCACAGUAACUUUUUUUUUUUUUUUUUUAAAGUUUCUACAACUUAUUAAAUGGACAAACAAUCCUCUCCUCUUCUUUCUUUCACUUGUCUUUAAUCCAGUUUCACUUCUAACCAUACAGGGUUUUUGUCAUUGAAUAUGGCUGUUCAGUGGGGGAAAAGUACAGUAGCAAUGUUAACAAAUCAUCCUUCUGUGUGUUACACUGCUUUUCAACAAGCUCCAAAGACUAAGUAAUGCAGACUCCUUUGCUUAUCUGCUACUACAGUAUAAAUGGCACUUCACAAUUGUCCAUUUUUCUGUUGGGCUUGUUUGAACUGAUUACUGUCUGUCAUAUGUUUAUCUGUCUACUGCUCUUCUGUUCUUACAUGCUGUUGCCAGUUUAGGGAUGACUCCAGGCUGUCAUCAGAGGAACUGCCUUUGUUUUGUUUCUUUUUCAAGUAUUGAUCAUUAAACCGAAACAGGUCCCCACUCCCGCUCUCAUUUUACCCCCUCUUGACCUGCCUAAUGAAUGUAUGUAUUCCUUUGUGAUGAGCUUUAUGUAAAGAAAAAAAAAAAAAAAGGAAUAUUGAUGGAAACUAAAAGGAAAAUAAACG